UCUGUCGAGCUCCUUCCUAGACAGACAUAUCAAAUCAAGGUCCUCAUCCUAGCUUGCUGAUACAGUUACUGUUGUUUCGGAGAUAUACUGUUUUCAUUUUGGAAUGUCCCGUCCCGACUGUCACCGUCAAUUCCGAAUCGGUACCUAACGGCGUACAGGCACUACUGCCUGUGGAAGCGUUUAGCCUACAUCAAAAUUGCAAAUUAUGAUCUGACAGCGCUCUUAGUCGAUCGGGGGAGGUAAAGGCAUCGGCAUUUUGCAGUCAAAGUUCCCAGUACUAGACAGUGAAAGACAAAAAUGUGGAUACGUACCGCCAAGAAAGUCAAUAAGCGACAUCUGGCGGGUGUCGUUGCGGGGAUAUUGUUAGUGAAUACGGUAGAUGCUUCAUCCAACGAAGCCGGCCAAGCGCCGAGUUCUUCCUGGUGGUCCUGGAACAAGGAGAAGCCCGGAGAGACGGCAAGCCAAACCGAUAUCAAUGAAAGACAAGCGCGGAAAGAUAAAUAUCCACAAAUACUACGGACGCCGCGAUCUGUCGUUGAUCACAGCUUGUCGGGUGUUUCGCCGCUAAGUCCCGUCCGAAUCCUUCGCCCCAAUCCUCAUUUGGAAAUUGCCUUUGACGUUCGCAAUCGCAAUCCCGUGUACGUACUCGAACGGAUGGUGGUGACGGAGGAGAAGAAUAACAAAACUCCCAAAAAACGACACAAUUUCUACGAAGAAAUGUCUCUGCCGGAAUCCUUUCGUGCUCGCAAUCAGCACUACCAUCAAUCCGGCUAUGAUCGAGGCCAUAUGGCACCGGCGGCAGACUUUGGGUACCAGGAUGUUGACGGUGAUCCGGUAGCGGCGGAUACCUACACGCUGUGUAACAUUGCGCCGCAGCAAUCCGAUUUCAACCGCGGCAUCUGGGCCAACCUCGAGGCGUGGACGCGGCGUGUCGCGCGGGACGCCUCGCAAAGGCGAGACCGGACAACGUACGUAGUUACCGGGCCGUUGUGGCUACCCCGUCAGCAAGUGGCGCCGCAAAAGUUUUUGUACAGUUAUCCGGCAUUGGGGACGCCACCAAGUCUCGUCGCGGUCCCAACGCAUUUUUUUAAAGUCGUGGUGGUGGUGGCUGCCGAUGCACCGGGUGGUCACCAUCACAUUCACAGUUUUGCGUGCUUUGUGUUGGCCAACGACGAACAGUCGAAUCAAAGGACACUCGCGGACGCAUUGGUACGAUGGACGGAUCUGGAAGCCGUGACGGGCUUGGAAUUGUUUCCCCAAUGGGUUUCACCCGACUGGAAAAAGGCU